UAUGGUUUGUCAGAUGAAAGGCAUAGGUGCACUGGAUGAAGGAGGUGCACUGGAUGAUGGAGGGGCACUGGAUGAAGGAGGGGCAGCUGAAGGAGGAGGUGAUAGAAGCCCCAGCAUAGAAGAAAGAAGAGAUGAUGAUGUCUUGCCUUCUCCCAAAAAGAAGACUGCCAUGGACCAGCUGUUUGGAGAGUUUGUCACCACAAGAACACCAAUGAAGACCACAAGGGAGAAAGCUAAGGAUGAAAUUUUAAAAUACAGAGAAAGAGACUCUUUAGAACUAGGCGGUGAUGUGUUGCAGUGGUGGAAAAAGCAGGCAGUCCUACCACUCCUUUCAUCUUUAGCCAAAGAUUACUUGUCCAUCCCAGCAACUAGCGUGUCCUCUGAGCGUGUGUUUAGCAGUGCAGGCAAUAUUGUUACUGCCCAACAAAGUCUCUUGCACCCUGACCAUGUUGAUCAAUUGAUCUUUCUUAAAAAGAACUUGAAAAAGACACAUCUGGGUUAAAUGUUUCAAUUCAGUAGCCUGAACUGUUGCUCUCUUGUUAUUCUCAUUUGUUCAUAACUGUGAAUCA